AGUGCUGGAAACCCCGCGGCGGGAGGAGGCGACGGGCUUGGCGUUGCGCACACUGCCGGAGGUGGAAGGUCAGGGGAGGGACAAAGCCCUUCUCCCGUGCAGGAGCGAGAUCUGAACUGCGCUGGGCGCCCGGACCCCUGGUCCAGCCCUCAGCCCUCGCGGCCGCCGCCCAGUCCGCUGUUCCACCGCCAGGUGCAAAAUGCCGUGUCAUUGGGAGAGUCUGCGGCCGGAGCAUUGAAUUACAGCUUAGCCGAACCCGGGUAGGGCGGCGGGGGUGGAAGGUGAGCAGAAGCCCCUGUUCUCCUCGGAGCACCCGCUGACAAGCGGGCUGAGCGCAGCCGGGGCGCGGACCGAGUGGAGCCCACUGAAGCAGCCCGGGACUGGCCUGUUCCUCUUUAAGAGCCGCUGCUCUGAGCCGGGAGCCAGUGAUCCAAGCCGUUCUCCCUCCGCCAGCUCUCUCCAGUGAGGGAACCCACGAGCUGCGCCUCGACCGUCCCCGACCUUCCCCAGCCCUCUCCGCGCCCUGGGCGCACUGGGCCCUGACUCCCCGCCAGUCAUGCUGAGGGUCUUCAUCCUCUACGCCGAGAACGUCCACACCCCGGACUCCGACAUCAGCGAUGCCUACUGCUCUGCGGUGUUUGCAGGGGUGAAGAAGAGAACCAAAGUCAUCAAGAACAACGUGAACCCCGUGUGGAAUGAGGGCUUUGAGUGGGACCUCAAGGGUGUCCCCCUGGACCAAGGCUCCGAGCUUCACGUGGUGGUCAAAGACCAUGAGACGAUGGGGAGGAACAGGUUCCUGGGGGAGGCCAAUGUCCCACUCCGGGAGGUCCUUGCCACCCCCAGUCUGUCUGCCAGCUUCAAUGCCCCGCUGCUGGACACCAAGAAGCAGCCCACAGGGGCCUCGCUGGUCCUGCAGGUGUCCUACACGCCUCUCCCUGGAACCACGCCCACGUUCCCACCUUCGACGCCUCUGGAACCCUCCCCGACUCUGCCUGACAUGGAUAUGGUGGCUGACACAGGAGGAGAGGAGGAUACUGAGGACCAGGGGCUCACGGGAGACGAGGCCGAGCCAUUCCUGGACCAGAGCGGGGCUCCGGGCCCAGGGGCCCCCAUCACCCCAAAGAAGCCACCUUCCCAUCCUCCCCCCUACCACCCCGGGGCAAGAAGGAAGAGAAGCACGCCCGCACCCAGAAAGCCGCUGUCGGACAAAUCGCAGGACUUCCAGAUCAGGGUCCAGGUGAUCGAGGGACGCCAGCUGCCGGGAGUGAACAUCAAGCCUGUGGUCAAGGUCACCGCAGCUGGGCAGACCAAGCGGACGCGGAUCCACAAGGGAAAUAGCCCCCUCUUCAACGAGACUCUUUUCUUCAAUGUGUUUGACUCUCCCGCGGAGCUGUUCGACGAACCCAUCUUUAUCACGGUGGUGGACUCCUGUUCCCUCCGGACAGAUGCUCUCAUUGGGGAGUUCCGGAUGGACGUGGGCAGCAUCUACCGAGAGCCCCGACAUGCUUAUCUCAGGAAAUGGCUGCUGCUUUCGGACCUGGAUGAUUUCUCUGCUGGAGCCAGAGGCUACCUGAAAGUGAGCCUUUGUGUGCUGGGGCCUGGAGACGAAGCCCCCCUGGAGAGAAAAGACCCCUCUGAAGACAAGGAGGACAUUGAAGGCAACCUGCUCAGGCCGACCGGCGUGGCCCUCCGCGGAGCGCACUUCUGCCUGAAGGUCUUCAGGGCCGAGGAUUUACCGCAGAUGGAUGAUGCCGUAAUGGACAACGUGAAGCAGAUCUUUGGCUUUGAGAGUAACAAGAAGAACUUGGUGGAUCCCUUCGUGGAAGUCAGCUUCGCGGGGAAAAUGCUCUGCAGCAAGAUCCUGGAGAAGACGGCCAACCCUCAGUGGAACCAGAGCAUCACGGUGCCUGCCAUGUUUCCCUCCAUGUGUGAGAAAAUGAGGAUUCGUGUCAUAGACUGGGACCGCCUUACGCACAACGACAUUGUGGCCACCACCUACCUGAGUAUGUCGAAAAUCUCUGCCUCUGGAGGAGAAAUAGAAGAGGAGUCUGCAGGUGUGGUCACGCCUCCUCCAGCCACAGACCUGGAUGACCAUCUGGGCUUCCUCCCCACCUUCGGGCCCUGCUAUGUCAACCUCUACGGCAGCCCCAGGGAGUUCACUGGCUUCCCGGACCCCUAUGCAGAGCUCAACACGGGCAAGGGGGAAGGUGUGGCCUACCGAGGCCGGCUUCUGCUCUCCCUGGAGACCAAGCUGGUGGAGCACAGCGAACAGAAGGUGGAAGAUCUCCCUGCGGAUGACAUCCUUCGGGUGGAGAAAUACCUCCGGAGGCGCAAAUACUCGCUCUUUGCCGCCUUCUACUCGGCCACCAUGCUGCAGGACGUUGACGACGCGGUCCAGUUUGAGGUCAGCAUCGGGAACUACGGGAACAAGUUCGACACGACCUGCCUGCCACUGGCCUCCACCACCCAGUACAGCCGGGCGGUCUUUGAUGGAUGCCACUACUACUACUUACCCUGGGGCAACGUGAAGCCCGUGGUGGUGCUGUCAUCCUACUGGGAGGACAUCAGCCACAGAGUCGAGGCUCAGAACAAGCUGCUUAGGAUCGCUGACCAGCUGGAAGCCGGCCUGGAGCAGGUCCACUUGGCCCUGAAGGCUCAGCACUCUGCCGAGGACGUGGACUCCCUGGUGGCUCAGCUGAUGGAUGAGCUCAUUGCAGGCUGCAGCCAACCCCUGGGUAAUGUUCAAGAGACGCCCUCCGCCACCCACCUGGACCACUACCUGUACCGCCUGCGCACCCGUCACCUGAGCCAGAUCACUGAGGCGGCCCAGGCCCUGAAGCUCGGCCACAGUGAACUCCCCACCGCCCUGGAGCAGGCUGAGGACUGGCUCCUGCGUCUCCGUGCCCUGGCAGAUGAGCCCCAGAACAGCCUGCCUGACAUCGUCAUCUGGAUGCUGCAGGGUGACAAGCGGGUGGCGUACCAGCGGGUGCCCACCCACGAGGUCCUCUUCUCCCGACGGGGCACCAGCUACUGUGGCAAGAAUUGUGGAAAGCUGCAGACGAUGUUUCUGAAAUAUCCAAUGGAGGGGGUGCCCGGAGCCCGGAUGCCAGUUCAGAUUCGGGUCAGGCUCUGGUUCGGGCUCUCUGUGGAUGAAAAGGAGUUCAACCAGUUUGCUGAGGGCAAGCUCUCCGUCUUUGCUGAAACCUAUGAGAACCAGACCAAGCUGGCUCUGGUCGGGAACUGGGGCACAACGGGCCUCACCUACCCCAAAUUUUCUGACGUCACGGGCAAGAUCAAGCUACCGAAGGAGAGCUUCCGCCCCUCAGCUGGCUGGGCCUGGGCUGGAGACUGGUUCGUGUGUCCAGAGAAGACCCUGCUUCAUGACACCGACGCGGGCCACCUGAGCUUCGUGGAGGAAGUGUUUGAGAACCAGACCCGGCUCCCCGGAGGCCAGUGGAUCUACAUGAGCGACAACUACACGGACGUGAACGGGGAGAAGGUGCUUCCCAAGGAUGACAUCGAGUGCCCGCUGGGCUGGAAGUGGGAAGAUGAAGAGUGGUCCACGGACCUCAAUCGGGCCGUUGACGAACAAGGCUGGGAGUACAGCAUCACCAUCCCCCCGGACCGGAAGCCGAGGCACUGGGUCCCUGCUGAGAAGAUGUACUACACACACCGUCGGCGGCGCUGGGUCCGCCUGCGCAGGAGGGACCUCAGCCAGAUGGAGGCGCUGAAGAGGCACAGGCAGGCAGAGGCAGAGGGUGAGGGCUGGGAGUACGCCUCGCUCUUUGGCUGGAAGUUCCACCUGGAGCACCGCAAGACAGACGCCUUUCGCCGCCGCCGCUGGCGCCGCCGCAUGGAGCCACUGGAGAAGACGGGGCCUGCAGCUGUGUUUGCCCUCGAGGGGGCCCUGGGCGGCGUGGUGGACGACAGGAGUGAAGAUUCCAAGUCUGUCUCCACCUUGAGCUUUGGCGUGAACAGACCCACGAUUUCCUGCAUCUUUGACUACGGGAACCGCUACCAUCUACGCUGCUACAUGUACCAGGCCCGGGAUCUGCCUGCGAUGGACAAGGACUCCUUUUCUGAUCCCUAUGCAAUCGUAUCCUUCAUGCACCAGAGCCAGAAGACGGUGGUGGUGAAGAACACCCUGAACCCCACCUGGGACCAGACACUCAUCUUCUACGAGAUCGAGAUCUUCGGUGAGCUGGCCAGCAUCGCCGAGCAGCCGGCCAGCAUCGUGGUGGAGCUGUACGACCACGACACCUAUGGUGCAGAUGAGUUUAUGGGACGCUGCAUCUGUCAGCCGAGUCUGGAACGGAUGCCCCGGCUGGCCUGGUUCCCGCUGACCAGGGGCAACCAGCCGGCGGGUGAGCUGCUGGCCUCUUUUGAGCUCAUCCAGAGAGAGAAGCCGGCCAUCCACCAUAUCCCUGGUUUUGAGGUGCAGGAUACAUCAGGGAUCCUGGAAGAGCUGUGUGCACCCGCCGUCUUCCUCCAGGGCCUCCUGCAAACGUCGGAGGACACGGACCUACCCUAUCCGCCACCCCAGAGGGAGGCCAACAUCUACAUGGUCCCCCAGAACAUCAAGCCUGUUCUCCAGCGAACCGCCAUCGAGAUCCUGGCGUGGGGCCUUCGGAACAUGAAGAGCUACCAGCUGGCCAGCGUGUCCUCCCCCAGCCUGGUGGUGGAGUGCGGGGGCCAGACCGUGCAGUCCUGUGUCAUCAAGAACCUCCGGAAGAACCCCAACUUUGACAUCUGCACCCUCUUCAUGGAAGUGAUGCUGCCCAGGGAGGAGCUCUACUGUCCCCCCGUCGUGAUCAAGGUAAUUGAUAAUCGCCAGUUUGGCCGCCGGCCUGUGGUGGGCCAGUGUACCAUCCGCUCCCUGGAGAGCUUCCUGUGCGACCCUUACUCAGAGGAGAGUCCGUCCCCACAGGGCGGCCCAGAUGACGUGAGCUUACUCAGUCCUGGGGAAGAUGUGUUGAUUGACAUCGACGACAAGGAGCCCCUCAUCCCCAUCCAGCUUGCAGAUGGUCUGUCGGGCUUCGCCCCCACUAACAUGGCGUCUUCUCCAUCCAGUCGUCAUUGCUCCAAUGGUGCUGGAAAAGAAGGUAAGAUCCUUCUGGAGGAGGAGUUCAUUGAUUGGUGGAGCAAAUUCUUUGCCUCGAUAGGGGAGAGGGAAAAGUGCGGGUCCUACCUGGAGAAGGACUUCGACACUCUAAAGGUCUAUGACACACCACUGGAGAAUGUGAAGGACUUUGAGGGCCUGUCUGACUUUUGUAACACCUUCAAGCUCUACCGGGGCAAGACUCAGGAGGAGAUGGAAGACCCAUCUGUCAUUGGGGAGUUUAAGGGCCUCUUCAAAAUUUAUCCCCUCCCAGAAGACCCGGCCAUCCCCAUCCCCCCAAGACAGUUCCACCAGCUUGCUUCCCAGGGGCCCCAGGAAUGCCUGGUCCGCAUCUACAUUAUCCGAGCGUUUGGCCUGCAGCCCAAGGACCCCAAUGGGAAGUGUGAUCCUUACAUCAGGAUCUCCAUAGGGAAGAAGUCGGUGAAUGACCAGGACAGCUACAUCCCCUGUACUCUGGAGCCUGUGUUUGGAAAGAUGUUCGAGCUGACCUGCACUCUGCCUCUGGAGAAGGACCUGAAGGUUACCCUCUAUGACUACGACCUCCUCUCCAAGGACGAAAAGAUCGGGGAGACGGUUAUCGACCUGGAGAACAGGCUGCUGUCCAAGUUUGGGGCUCGCUGCGGACUCCCCCAGACCUACUGCAUCUCUGGACCCAACCAGUGGCGGGAUCAGCUCCAUCCCUCUCAGCUCCUCCACCUGUUCUGCCAGCAGCGCAGAGUCAAGGCCCCCGUGUACCGGACAGACCGUGUAGUGUUUCAGGAUAAAGAAUACACCAUCGAAGAAAUAGAGGCUGGCAGGGUCCCGAACCCACACCUGGGCCCAGUGGAGGAGCGUCUGGCCUUGCAUGUCCUCCGGCAGCAGGGCCUGGUCCCUGAGCACGUGGAGUCCCGGCCCCUCUAUAGUCCCCUGCAGCCGGACAUCGAGCAGGGGAAGCUGCAGAUGUGGAUCGACCUGUUUCCAAAGGCCCUGGGGCGGCCGGGACCUCCUUUCAACAUCACCCCACGGAGAGCCAGAAGGUUUUUCCUGCGUUGUAUUAUUUGGAACACCAAGGAUGUGAUCCUGGACGACCUCAGCAUCACCGGGGAGAAGAUGAGCGACAUUUACGUGAAAGGUUGGAUGGUUGGCUUUGAAGAGCACAAGCAAAAGACAGAUGUGCAUUACCGGUCCCUGGGAGGUGAAGGCAACUUUAACUGGAGGUUCAUUUUCCCUUUUGACUACCUGCCAGCUGAGCAAGUCUGCACUGUCUCCAAGAAGGAUGCUUUCUGGAGGCUGGACAAGACAGAGAGCAAGAUCCCCGCCCGAGCGGUAUUCCAGAUCUGGGACAACGACAAGUUCUCCUUUGAUGACUUUCUGGGCUCUCUGCAGCUGGACCUCAACCGCAUGCCCAAGCCUGCCAAGACAGCUGAGAAGUGUUCCCUGGACCAGCUGGAUGACACUUUCCACCCGGAGUGGUUUGUGUCCCUUUUUGAACAGAAAACAGUGAAGGGCUGGUGGCCCUGUGUGGCGGACGAGGGUGAGAAGAAGAUACUGGCGGGCAAGUUGGAGAUGACUUUGGAGAUUGUGGCCGAGAGCGAACAUGAGGAGCGGCCAGCCGGCCAGGGCAGGGAUGAGCCCAACAUGAACCCCAAGCUCGAGGACCCAAGGCGCCCUGACACCUCCUUCCUCUGGUUCACCUCCCCGUACAAGACUAUGAAGUUCAUCCUCUGGCGGCGGUUCCGGUGCGCCAUCAUCCUCUUCGUCCUUCUCUUCAUUCUCCUGCUGUUCUUGGGCAUCUUCGUCUACUCCUUCCCGAACUAUACUGCCAUGAAGCUGGUGAAGCCAUUCAGCUGAGGACCCUCGGGCCCAGGACUGGCUGCCUCCUCUGCUCUGCUCAGCUGAGUGUCUCCAGAUGUCCAGGCCUCACCGUCCUGCCAGGGUGGGCAGACAGAGAGAGGGACUGGCACGUGCUCCAAGUGUUGGCGACAUCGAGCCCUGCGGUCACCCCGCUUUCAUCAUUUCUUUCUCCCCCAACCCAACCCUUUUGGGGAUCAGCCCUGUGUAUUUCAGUAUAAAACAGUUUG